AUGCGUCUGUUCACAACAGGAGUAGCCUCUCUUGAGAUAUUCUCUCUGUGGGUGGCAGCUCUUGCGGCAGCCACGCCUGUCCCCGAUACGUGGUCGUCAUCGCUCGCAAAGCGGCACCAAAGAGGCCGGCUCGAUGGCUGUCCGGACGUUCAUGGCGGCAGCUUCAUCAUCAACCAAUACCAGCUAUACCCAGAAAACGCCGACUGGGACGGUGACUCUUGUCUCGUCUACUUUGGGUCGUUAUGGAACGCUACGGUUGCCAUCUAUGAUCCCUACAUUGACGAUUUUAUCACGACCCUGGAGUUUGCCAAUGUCUCCCACACAGGCACAGAGCAUAUCGGUGGCGUCGCCUGGGACCGCUUCACCGGCUUGGUCACCAUUCUCGUCGGCUCGGCUGCGCCUUGGGCCACGGCCGGUGCUGAUGUGUCCGGCACCGACUUGGUUCUCAAAUGGGAUCCAAAUACGCAAACUACACUUUGGACCGUCAACCUCACUGCCACCACCCAGGGACUCUACGGCGCCUUCCAGGACAUUGAGACUGACAAACGCGGAUAUACCUAUGUUGUCGGCACGUACCCUGGCUCGAUCCUGCGCAUCAAUGCCGACGGCACAGAGGUGAUACCAUGGUACGGCCCUCUCCAGACGGCCAAUACGACCAUCCCAGGCCUUGGUGGGCUCGUCGCCCUGGGGCCCGAGGGCAACCUGCUGCUGGCCAACGACGCGGGCAACGGCAGCAUCUACCGCCUUGACACGCGCGAUCCGCUCGCGCCCCGCACGCUGACAGAGGUCCCCAUUGUCCCAGACAUCCGGUUCAACGACACCGACGCCAUCUACGCACCGCCCAUGUACAACGGCACCGUUCUUCUGGUGUCGAGCCACGCUGCAGGCAUCCAGGUGCUCGUGUCGCCCGACGCCAGCUGGACGACGGCCCGGCACGUGGGCACAAUCCCCAACCCACCAAAGGAUACAGCCGCCGACGUCACCAACGCCACCAUCGGGUCAGUAGUGACGGCUGCCGUCCAGAUCGGACCCAACGCGGUGUACAUGAUCGACGAGUGGCUUUUUGAUCCUUGGGUUCCCGGCGAGGUCGCCGGUAACCGAACAGAGUUCCCGAUGCCAGACAUCACGGCCCAGAUUAAGACGCUGCUGCGUCUGCGUAAAGGCGUGUAG